AUGUCUCUCCCUAUACUUGAUUUCUUGAAGUUUACCACUCACAAAUCCCUCGCAUAUCGUCUUGUAUUAUCGACUCUUACUGGACGUCCGAUUCACGUCUCUCAAAUUCGAGCUACUUCCACCAAUCCAGGCCUAGCGCCGAAUGAAGUUUCUUUGCUUCGUCUUCUCGACAGUAUUACCAAUGGUACUUCCAUCCAGAUAUCUUACACUGGUACUACACUCACCUAUAUUCCUGGACUUAUUACUGGAGGACUACCGACGGGUAGUAGUGAUGUAGUCAAGUGUGUUUUACCCGAUACUUGUCGGCGAGGAGUUAGCUGGUUCCUGCUGCCAAUCUGUAUCUUAGCCCCGUUUGCACAGGCGCCUCUUAAUAUUCGGUUUGAAGGCGAUGGAGUGAUAACAAGUGCGACCGAAGAAGGUGACAUCAGUGUCGACACAAUGCGUACAGCUAUUCUACCCCUCUAUGAUGCUUUUGGAAUUCCACUUAGUCGACUUGAGCUUCGUAUUCUGCAGCGUAGUAGCGCUAUGCGCGGUGGAGCUGGUGGACAUGGUAUCGUCGAAUUACGUUUCGCCGGACAGAUUCGCCUGCCCAAAACGCUACAUCUAUAUAACAGUCCAGGCCGUGUGCGUCGCAUUCGAGGUGUAGCAUACUGCACAGGCGUAAGCGCUAGUGGUAACGCGCGUAUGAUACACUCAGCAAGAAAGGUCCUCAAUCCGCUACUAUUUGAUAUUAAUAUUGCGGCACAAUACGACCAAGCACCUCAGCCAAAGAAGAAUCAAACUACAAAACGUCAAGGCAUAGGAUUUGGACUCAGCUUAAUUGCGGAGACUGUUAAUUCCAGCGUAAUUUAUAGCGCUGACGUAUCAGCACCUAGUGAAGGUGGCAUCACGCCCGAAGACAUAGGGAAAAAAUGUGCACUUCAAUUACUUGAGGUAAUAUCACAAGGUGGCUGCGUUACCCGCAUUGGAGCUGUGACGGUCCUAAUUCUAAUGAACAUGGGAUCAGAGGAUGUUGGUAGACUAAGACUAGGAAGAGAGAUUGCAGGAUCGGAGGAAGUCAUAACCUUGGGACGUGACUUGAGGAAGUUUGGAGCGAGUAGUUGGGGUCUAAGAGACGUCGAAGAUGAUGAAAGUGGAGAUCUCAUAUUCAGUGUGAGGGGAUUGGGAAUUGGCAACGUGGGUCGAAAGAUAGCAUAA